CAGUGCUGAGGCAGUACAAGGACUUAAGGCCAAGGGCAAGGUCAAGUUGUCGAUUUCAUUACAUUUUCAGUAGUUCGAAUGUUUUCGAACUCUUAUCUCAUACAAGAGCAGUAAACGCACGCAUUUCAAAGCGAAAUUAGACGCAAAGGGGCAAUUUUUCAACAAAAUUCAUUGUUAAAUUAUGUUUCCUAUGUGCCUUGGGAGCAAAAAAAUAUGAUUUUAAAUUUGGAGAUUUCGGUAAAUUUUUUUGCAAUUUGGCCUGGUAUUGCACCCUACCUAUGUACUAACUGUGCUGUAAAAGUAAUCAAAUAUACUAUUUUUAAUUUCCUUUCAUUGAAAGGAUCUACUAUUGUGGACUAAACUAAAUUUUAAUCAGCAUACAAGGCUGCAAACAACAGCCAAGAAUUAGCUGGGUAGUUUGCAAACUUUAAAAAUAAUUGGACCUCAAACUUUGAUCUCCAGAAGUAAACAAAUAGACAAUACUGCGAACAUAAUCCAAGUUUUGAUCACGAGGGGCAAUUUUUAGAUGUAAAAAAACUUGUUUAAAUUACAUAUCAAACUAAGACAAAACAAAAUUUGGUAUUAAAUUUUUGGUGAAAUCGUCAAAGUUUUUUGCUAUCCGCCCACACUUCUACACCCCCUCUCCCAGGAUAUUCUACCUCAAAAAACAGUUUUCUGCAGAAACUAUGCUUUUUUAUCGGAAAAAUGUUUACUUUUCUCAAAAAAUACAUUAUAAACACGGAAACCUUAAAUAUUUAAAUAAUUUUCAUACCUUUUUGGGAUUGAAAAAAGCAAAAUUUGAUUCAUUAUCCCACUUUUUAAAAUAUAUGUGAUAAAGUUGCUUCAAAAUCACCAUCACGCAGUAGCAUGUUUAUUUACCCUCAUCCUUUUGACUGAAUAAAGUUUAUCGUUUUGAAAAGCUAUUUGUUUUAUAGCUCUUGGUUACCGGUUUACGUUUAUGUCGAUUUUGGCACCCAUGAGACCAACAAAUUGUGGUAAUCCGCGAAUGAAAAUGGACAUUCGAAGAGCACAAAAGCCAACUCCUAGCUAUGUAACUUUAUCGCCUGAAGUUUGAAUCAAUCCAAAAUUAAAAUGCUGAUAAUGUAGAUGCUUUCCAUACUUGAGAUGUUAGUGAAGUUUUUCCUACAAUUUAAUUUCCAUGAUCGCCGUCUUAAAAAUGCAAAAUCAUCAGUUGAAAUUCCACUCGUGUUGUUUUUUCAAAUUUUCGAAUUUUUGUAAAAUAUCGCGUGCGCCAGCAAUUUCUCUGCACAGCGACAACAAAUUUCCCAGCUGCUACAUUACUGUUCAUUACGGUACUUUAGAUUUCUGGGCAUUUGUGUAUAAAGUUUAUUUAUAUGGCUGAAAUAAACAGUAAUCCUAGAAUCAAGAAAACAAUAAGUAAUGGGGUAAGUAUUGAACUAUAAUUUUGUUUUUUAAUUAAUUUGUACAUUUCACAGUUGUUCAUGUUGAGAGGUUCAUAUCAUUUCAAUAUUUCAUCAUUCUGCCAUUUCAUCAAAUGUUUGGUACAAAAACAUGUGGGUUGUUAUUAUCUCUAUCUGUCGCCGUCGACAAAUAGAUUUCAUCACACUUAACGGCAAGUUGGCUGUUAAGGUCGCAACACCCUCCCCCUUAUGCGUGAAUCAAAUCGAAACCUUGACAUCCCCCCGGCAUACCCCUGGGAAUUUGGAUUUUAACGUUUUGGUCAGGUUGAAUUCCCUACAUAUAUUUGUAAUUCCCGUUCAAAUACACGACGUAUUGGGAAAAAUUGGAGUUUGUAUACCCUACCCAGGGCUGCCAACUCUCCCGGAUUAUCCGGGAGUUUCUAGAUUUUGGACCUAAUCUCCCAGUCUCCAGAUUUUGUCUUAAUUCUCCCGGAUUAGGAUAAUCACCAACGUCGAUUUAUGCACUAGCCAUUUGAUUCUUCGUUGUCAAAGGUUUUAACAAUAAAAAUUAUUUGCGUUGCACAUUAAAACUUCGUUUUGCUGGAAAAAUAAAAUUCUUUCGUUGCUGCCUGCGUUGCUUUUAAUCAGCGGUUGAAUGGCACCAUUUUCCGUAUAAACACUUCAUCUUACAGGGAUUUUUUUACUCGUAUUGACGCCAUUAAAGAUGUCAAUAUUUUAUUAAACUAGUACAUAAUAUGUGAAACUUGAAAUCAACAGUUAUUUGUGUUGAUAAUGAAGUUGGACAAUAAACCAGUGUAUAUAUCUAUAUACCAGCAGGUAUUUACAACUGCAUAGUUGGCUUUUCGAUAAUGACGUCAUUUCCGACAUGACGUCAUCGAUCUCAAUGGAAUAUCAAUUCUCCAGAUUUGAAAACUUCCAGGGUUGGCAGCCCUGCCCACCCCAUGUACAAAUUGGAAGCUGCAGCAUUUCGUAAUUUUGGAUUUACAAAGUUUUUCUUUCCUUGAGAAACUCUCUUCAUUCGUUCAAAGCCGUUUUUGUGUAGCCAACCAAGGACAAAGUUAAUUUCUUUGCACUUGAACUCAUCCAUUGACGCCAUUUUGGAUUCAGCACAUGUGUUUAAAAGAAAAAUUUUUAUUGAAAUUCCCGACCCCGUAAACAAAUUCCCCACCUUUCACUAGAAAAAAUAAAGGGUCAAAUUCCCGCUUUCUUAAAAUACUAAACAAGCAAAUUCCCCAGGUAUGCCGGGGAGGGGGGAUGUCAAGGUUUCGAUUUGAUUCAACACAAUAGUGGCAAUUAAGCUCCAAAUAAUGAAGAAAACCAAACUAGAUAUAUUCUUAAUAGAGACAGAGUAAAAUAAUAAAGUAGGGCGCAAUGCGACUCAAUGGGUUAACUAGACACAUACUAGGCAGAUAGACUAGUUAACCCAUUAAGUGCCAGCACUCUCCCCCUUGACAAAUAAAAUUGUCUGGCAUUAGGCAGAGUAAAAUAAUAAAGGGAAACGACAAAAUGCGGACCCCAGGUCCAUGGACUACCUUUGUGGACCAGGUCCAUGGACUACACUUGUGGACCACUUUUACGGACAAUUUUCGUGGACCGCUCGCGAAACACCGGAUUUUGGUAGUUUGCAUGAUUGAAUUCUUGACUGUGCAUGGAAAAAUGUGCAUGAGUUGAGUUCCGUCAUUAGACAUGAUCGUGGAAACUCAAUGUGAAGUUCUAAAUCCAUUCACUAUAUAUGACCGUUUUAAAAUAUAAGCUGUACAAUUACGACUUUGAUGAAAAGUUUCCAAAUAUAUCCCAGUAAAUUGGUAGAUUUUUCUUUUUGAGCGCUACCGAUAAAGCAAGAAAAGCAGUAAUCGAGCUUCAAAUAAAAUAAAUAUUUUUGGCAAAGGACCUCCAGACAUUGAACAUCAUUGCAAUUUACAACUUCUACAGACUGUACAGUUCAAGUAAUUUUUUUAACAUUAAAAUUCAAAUAAUUCAGUAAAAUCCUUCCAAUAUCGGAUUCUCCAUAAUAUUCCUAUAUUUUUUCAUGAACCAAAUUUUUUCAGAUUUUUACUUAACUGUACAUCAACGAAAACUGAAUUGAUUGUGAAAUAAAUAACGGAAAUGAAUAAUGAAAUUGUGUUGCACUUCAAAUGAUUGUGGUACCCUCAAAUCUCGGGUUCCUAAACUUGGGUUAAUAGUGCUCGGUCCAUUGUCUGGUCGGCAAAAUUUUGCGCAUGAUCCACGAGUGUAGUCCACGGACCAGGUCUACGAACUGCCAAGGUAGUCCGCGGACCUGGGGUCUGCGUUUUGUCAUUUCCCAAUUAAUAAUAAAGUACUGGUGCAUCAGGGCACAAUGUGACUCAGUGGGUUAACUAGAAACAUCGGCAACCUUGGGGAAUAAACAACAUUUUGUACACAGUUCAAUGUAUACUGAAACCACUUUUUAACUUGUAGUCAAAUUACAGUGUCUUAUUAAAUGCCCAUAGAAUUGGUUUUAGCAAAGUUUCCAAAGUAUUUUGUGAAGAAAAGUUGAGGUGAAUUUUCAUAACAUAAAAGUAAUUUUACCAGCAUUGAGUGAUUGACCACAACCCCCUCCCAUUAGCGCCUACCAACUUGCCAUGAAGCAAGUUGAAACCUAUUUGUUAACAGUCCCUAAGUACUGGUUAAUUACACCUAAGUACUGGUGUAAUUAUAACAAAGUCAACUGUAGAAAGUAAAGUGAUACAUGAUGUUUUUGUAUGUUGGAUGUAUACAUGUCAUGAUAACCGUAUUGGUGUCGAUUAAAUUAAUAUAUAGCUUUAAAUUCCCCCCAAGAGUCUCUAUAAUUAAUAACUUGUAUCACAUAUUUAGUCAUAUCACAUAUAGUACGACCUGUCGACUGCAGGCAUUGUUUAUAUUCAAUGUUCCUAUUGACUUAUCAAAAUUAUAAACCAAUUAAAAUCUUUCCUCCUUACCACAGAAAGAUCAAGAUUCAAGGGAAACAUUUCCUGCUUUUAUAGUAUAAAUGAUAAUCUUCUUUAAUAUUUGGAUAAUAAUGACAGAAUCUCCAAAACUCAAAAUCCUCCCGGGGAGUAUUUCUACACUUUUUGACUGCUAAUUAGCAGCUUUUAAUGCACAAGUUACCCUAACCUCGAACACUUAAAGUUGACCUCAAAAUACGAUUUGAAGUUUGCUGUUUGCGGUUUAUAGUGGUCUGCCGUAAACGUCAAUCUUAAAUCUGUAUUGAACGCAUUGCGAUCUUCAUCCGUCUCAGUUCAAAUACGUCCUUUUUGCCUUCCAAGGUUUUAGAAUGUGGCGUGUGUGAAGAUUUAUUUGCAUUUCACGGUGAGAAAGUUCCUCGUCUUUUGCUGUGUGGUCAUACACUAUGCCACGAGUGUCUAACCAAACUCCCGUUACGAAACCGGACUGUAGUUUGCCCUUUUGAUCGACAGAAAACUGAACUUAGUGAUUCUGGUGUAUGGGGACUGAAGAAAAAUUUUGCGUUGUUGGAACUACUUGAACGACUGAAGGUCACCCACACACCUUUAGUUAAUAAUUUUGAAGAAGACGAAAAUAAAGUUACAUGUGAUGAAAACGAAGAGCAUUUAGCCGCGGUUUAUUGCACUGUAUGUGGAACAAACUUAUGUAGCUCAUGUAGUGAGAUUACUCAUGCUACUAAGACUUUGAACAAACAUAAACGGGUACCAUUAUCUGAAAAACCCUCAGAGAAAGCUGUGUGUUCUGAACAUCAUGCAAGAAUCAUCGAGUUUGCAUGCGCGGAAGAUGGUUGUCGGAAUAAUCCAUUAAUGUGUGUCUUGUGUAAAGAUUAUGGCAAACAUAAAGGACAUAAACAUCAUUUGGUUAUAACUGAAGCAGAGAAUGUGAGAUCUUCUAUAUCCAAUGCUAUCCAACAUAUCAAGUUAUUCAGUGAAGAUAUUGCUAAAGCCACGCAGAAAAUUGAAACAGUGAUACAAAAAAUUGAAGGUUAGUUGAAAGGACAUACUAAAGAUACAGUUAUGCAUCUUGUGCAUCUAAUCACGAAAAGUACAGUUCCGUUUGCGAAAUUCUGUACAGCUCUGACAACUAGACCCCUCCCCGUUUAUAAACCCAGCUGUUCUUUAUUCCUCACAUAUGUAAUAAACAUUCAAAAACUCAUUAAUAAUUUAGGAGGAAAACACAAAGAAAAAUCGUAAGCGUGUCGUGGUUUUAUAUGUGAUAAAAAUCAUGUUAAUUUACAUAAACUUUAGCUUUGAUUUUUUCGUUUUAGACAAAGUUUAUUUUAAAAAUUACUUCGCCAAUGAACUCGUAUAAGAUGAGUCGUUUUUGAAGCCAUUUAAAGCACUUGUAGUCGUGUUUUAUCACAUAAAACACUCCGCUACGCGUCGUGUUUUAUAUGUGAUAAAACACUCCUACGCGUGCUUUAAAUAGUACUUAAAAUACAUGUCCAGGCAUGCUGCCUUUUCAUUUUUACCUAUACCAAGGAAAGUGAAUGUAAGUCAAAUAUUGAGUCAAGCUUAUAUAAUUUAUAUAUAAAUCCUGCUGUUAAGGCUACACUGAUAGGAACAAGCAAAUUCAAUUGAACUCUCCUGGGGGGUUUGUAUUUCCUUUUCUGUAAAGAAUUGGCAUUUUCUCACUCUGAUAUUCAACUGUCGAUGUUGUUCAUCUGUUGUUGAGAUGAAAUCCACUCACUGUUAGAUUGGCUUAUGUCCUGCUCGUAUAUGUAGCUCUUAAUAUUAACCCAUCCUUAAUCAUAAGUUAUAAAUAAAAGGAAACCCUCCCUACAGGCUCUGUGGUAGUCGAAGAUGACGAUGAAGGUCAGUCUCACUCACGUCGUGUGAUCGGCACUGGAGAUAUGGCGCGAGGAAGAGUACGUGAUUACUUUAAUGAUUUACGUGAAACUGUUAACAGACAGGAAGAGGCUGGUCUCGCUGUGGUUGAUAGUUAUCUACGUGAUCAGUUGUCAUGGUUACGGCAGAGGCAAGAAGAUAUGGUUGUUCUAAAUUCCCAUACAUCAGCAGUAUGUUUACAUUGUGAGAAAACACUCAAGUCUGAUGAUAGUCAAGUAAGCACGUCUCUAAUUCUCACUAGUAGUAAUACAUUUCUAAUUGUGGUCAAAUUAUGAAGAUACAUAGUUUACCAUGCUACUCACCUUUCAAAAUUCGGCAUUUUUUUAUGCAAGAACGCAGUUUUAGGAAUGUACUCAGCAACACUUUUUGAAACGCUAACACAGAAUAUGGUUACCUCUGAGCAAUACUCUAAGGGAAGCACUUGUGUAAAUGUUUGUUACUAUUUAAAUGUCGUAAUUGUAAACGGUUGUCACAUCCUAAUUCUAGGCUCAUUGACAUUAAAGAAAUACCAAGUGGUUUUCCGUGCAGGAUAGCGUCAUCCAUGCACACUCGCCUGUGACUCGUGUAUUUUUACGCUUUCCGAAAGUCUCGCAACAUCCUGGGGCUGGUUGUAUAAAAAAGUGAUUAAAGUUAACUAUAGUUAGUGGAAACGUCAUCCAAUAAGAAGCGCGUAUUUGAGAGUUAAUCACUAUUUAACUACAAAAUAGUGAUUAAAAAAGUGAUUAAGAGUUUUAUACAAUCUGCACCUGCAUGCUAUCCUGCACGGAAAACCAUUUGGUAAUUGUUUUAUAAAUAACUACAGUUAUAUAUUAUAUGUUUGUUACCGGACUGCAGCUUGGCAGGGCCAAAAAAAAAAAAUAUGUGGGUUUCCGGUUUCUUCUUAUAAAAACUUAGGUAGGGUAGGUUUUAACUUUUUUUUUUAAACUUUUUUUUUAUUUUUCCGAACAAGCGGACGCCAUUUUGUUUAGUCAGUGCUUCCACAUCCAAAGAUAAAUUUCCCUAAUAUUUGCCACAAAUUUCAAUUUUCCACAAACUUUUUCCUCUAAGUGGAAACACUUACAAGCAUGAUCCAAUAAAAAAGUUUAGGGUCGGGAUUUCGACGUCCAAAAGCUAGGUAGGGUCGGGAAACCGGAAACCCACAAAUUUUUUUUUUUGGCCCAGUUGAAAGUUUGUGAAAAAUAAAUCUACGACCAGAGUCAGGGAAUGUCCAAUGAAUAGUAAAAUUUAAAAUUGUGCUCUUUAGAUUUUGCAUUUUUCCCGAACAGAGUUACUGGUCGGUUUUGUCGAUGUGGUUUUUUUGGUACAUACAAUUAAAAAUUUCUCCCUGUUAUAUUUUUUAUACUAACCACAUUAACCACAGGCAAUAAAUGAAAACUGCCAGGAAGAGUUGAUUUUAGUUAGGUCUAUAUAUGUAUACUAAAAUACGUAUUUUGAAUUGAGUGUAUUUUGAAAGAAAUUAUCGCGAUGUGCUUUUCUUGUGCCUUGUUGUGUUCUUUGCGGUGCGCCGGUGCAUGGGUUCAAAAACAAACAGCGCAGCGAGUUUACUUAAAAAAAUGAAAAUGUGACGGCAAACGUUGUGAUAUAAGGGUACGGCAAGAAGCAUUAGCCGAUUAGGUCAACGACACUAAGUUUGUUUUUUGGUAAUAAUAAAUUGAUGUGUUUGUUGCUGGACAAAGCUGCUUACAUGCCGACACCGUUCUCCGUUUCAUUUAUGUACGAAUUUUUAAAUAAACAUAUUUCCAUAAAAGAACUUAUAAUUUAACCGAGAGCAUACAGAAUUAGUUCAUUAUUUCAGUUGAGCUGCACUAAAUGCUCGUAAUUAAAAGACGAUCCAUAAAAUGAUGCAUGAAAGAUUUGCUUUACCAAAACAAACUGCAACAUAUAUAUAUAUAUCCAAAAAACUCGGAAAGUAGAAUAAUCAAAGGAUUAAUACAUUUCUGGUACACUAUCUGAAUCGUAUAUAACUAUUGUUGUUCCUGUAUAUUCGGAUCGAAUAUCCUGUAGUUGUAUAUAAUUCUAACCUUAAUCUGAACCCCACUGGCUGCUCAUUUUGAUGUCAUUUCGGGAUAGUAAUGCAGUUAACUCCUUUCCAUUCUCUAGGUUGUUGCCUCGCGUUCAGACAUUCUCAAAGUUUUACAAACUGUGCAAGAACAACAGCAACAAUUCCUAGAAACUGCAGAAUUGUGCUCGUCGGAUGGCAGUAUCCCCAUUGCUUUCACUAAAGAUAAUCGUGUUCAUAUUGGACCUAAGAUGGAGAUGAGAGUUGUUGCCUUGGGGUUAGAUGGAGCUGGGAAAACCUCAAUACUUUUCAAGCUCAAACAAGACGAGUUUGUUUCAACCAUAACAACAAUUGGUAAGCGCCUCAGCGGAUAAAUUUGCGUCUGAUUGAGAUACUGUAAGCACAUAGUGAAGUAGAUUGAGAAGAAAUUCAUGUGUGAAUUAAACAAGACGAGUUUCAGAGCAAUCGCGAUGAUUCUGUCUACUUAAAAUCUAACUUUGUCGCCUACAUAGGCGUAUGGGCCGGGGGGGGCACCUGCCCCCCCCCCAAAGUUUUUACGGUCGGGCAAAAAUCAAUGCGACAUUCGGGCAAAACAUAAAAAUUUCGGAAAAAUUUUGAUGUCCUGAAAAAAUUUUUGUAUCUUUGCGAAAAUUACGUGAUGUUAGGGAAAAUUUUCUGAUAUGUGCGGCAAAAUUCUCGUAUGUUUGUAGAAAAGUAUUUGGUAUGUCCGGAAAAUGUUUUUGGUAUGUCCGGAAAAAUUUUUUUGGUGACCCCCCCCCCGCUCGCCAACAAUUUUGGGGAGAAAUAUUAAUGUUCAGUUUGCCUGUUCGGGUAAACUAUACUGUACCCCCCCACCCCCAAAAAAGAUUAGGCCCAUACGCCCAUGGUCGUCUAUGGGUGGUCGUCUAUGGGUGUAACCUUAUAAUCUUUAUAUGAUCUUGUAGGAUUUAAUGUAGAAACAAUUGAACACAAGAAUUUAAAGUUUACAAUUUGGGAUGUUGGUGGAUUGCACAAACUGCGACCGUUAUGGAGACAUUAUUAUCUUAAUACGCAAGGUAACGCCAGAACAUUAGGAAGUGGCAACAGAAUGAUCUAUUAUCAUAAUGGCCAACAAUACACUAGCUGAAUAACACAGCAGCAUUGAUUAUACAACCAUGGAAGUAUUAGUAGGCUAUAAAUUUAAUUGAAAUGUAAUUUAUAGAUAUGAAAGUAAAGGCAAAAAUUAAAGUUGAGAUUCGCAGCAACAAUAGAGAGGUUCAGAUUUAACUUUUACUACCUUUCACUGACUUACUACGCAUCUGAUUGGUUAAUCGGACAUAUCAAAUGUAUCUGCUUGGUUGGUCCCUUAAUGGUAGCAGUAGCGAAAGUCAAAUCUGAACUAGCCCCCAAUGCAGUAUUUCACGUAGUGUCCGCCACUGUUAAAAUGCGUGUGUAUGUAUUUUGUGAGUCAUGUAUUUUUGCAGCUAUAAUAUUUGUGGUGGAUAGCAACAACAAAGAACGCAUGGAAGAGUCUCAUGCUGAGUUGGUGAAAUUGAUGACUGAGAAGAGAUUGAGCGAUGCUCUUUUACUGGUGUAUGCCAACAAACAGGUAAUGGCUUGUGAUACGCCGAGUAGCCCUUCGCUCAAUAAACCAAGUAUCUCUUUAAGCCGGUUUUCCACUAGGCGGAAUUUUGCGCGCGGAGCGGAAUUCCCUUUGUCUUUUCUAAUUAGUUCCACCCGAGAAAUCACAAGACAAAGAAAAAUUCCGCUCCGCGCGCAAAAUUCCGCCUAGUGGAAAACCGGCUUUACUGAUGAAGAGCCUAUAUAUAGGUCGCUGACAUAUGUUUCAACACAACGUUUGUAUUUUCAGGAUCUACCAACGGCGUUAAAUCUUGAUCAAAUCACAGAACGUCUUUGUUUACAUAAAUUAUGCUGUGGUCGAAGCUGGACUGUGAUUGGUUGUGAUGCACAUAGUGGGCGUGGUCUUCGCGAGGGACUGGACUGGCUUGCAACACAACUUAUGUCUGAGUUUCCUCCAUAACAUUAACGUAGUCACAGAAUGACUUAUUGCUUGAGCAAACUAUAGGCAACAUUGUUCCGAAUACAUCCGAAAAUCGUAAAGCCUGCCGCACACGAGAGAAACUUGCUAACCGCCUCGCGUGGUAGCUAGCUCGACUUAAUGCUAUGCAUUUUCACCGCACAAGUUGGGAAAACUACCCAACAACAACAUAAUUGACAAAUUCGUUUGCAUUUUCCUUCAUUGUGUUCCAAGUCACAUGAAUAAACUAUGGUUUCUCAUUGGCUAAUUGAUUCAAGCAGCUCAGCACUAAGCUCGUGACAUCCGCAGACGUUGAGAUUUUUCCCUCGCGAGGUGAAAAAUAUCAAACACGAUAGAUAUUUUCCUCAAGGCCUCGAGAGGUCAAAUCCCCACUAUCCACACACGAGAGAAACUUGCCGAGCUAGCUGCCACGCGAGGCGGUUAGCUCAACAAAUUUCUAUCGUGUGCGGCAGGCUUAAGGUUUCAUCAUAGGAGCCCAAAAAUGCGUGUGGAAUGCACGCGCGCCGCAAGCACUAAUGAAAAAGCAUUAUUCUGUAUACAAAAACAGUGCUUUUCAUUGAGUGCUUGGCGCGCGUGCAUUCUACACGCAUUUUUGGGCUGCCUAUGAUUUCAUCAAAUGUUUCCCAUCAAGUUAAGAAACAUUUUGUUCCACAAGUGUAUUGCAAAUAAUUUAUUUCUGUACAAACAUUUUUUCUGGCAUGUGUCUAGUCAGUGGCUUGCCCAUGCAACUGUGGGAAACAUGAAUAGCAAACAAUGUUUCCGCAACAAUGUUCCCUAGUUCCCCGUGGGCCCUAAUAUCCAAAAGACAAAGUUUUGUUCGAGCGACCAUUGCAAAGCUUCAUGACUACUGAUGAACUAUUAUGUUCUCCUUUGUUGUCGUAUAAACUAAGCAAUUACAGCAUGCUAAUCGCCCUUUGUAUACUGUACGACGGCAAGGUCACUGAAGAAUUGAACUAGAGGGGCCGGUUGUUCAAAACUGGGUUAGUUUAACCCUUGGUUAACCUAAAAUUCGAAGCAAACUUCCUGACAGCUUGUCUACAAAUUUAGAAAUAUUUCUUCAGAGAUCUUGUCUGGAUCGAUAGGAGUUUACUUCUCUGAAGUUUCGAAAUACACAGAUGUGCAGAAAUACACGAACUAAAACAGCAGGUUAAAUUUUAACCCAGGGUUAGCGUUAACCCACCUUUGAACAACCGGCCCCAGUAGAUUAGCGAUUUAAACUGUACUAUAAAAACCACUACAGGUAUAAAGUAAUCUAUUUUGUUCCAUACGGGCUGUUUGCAUCCAGAACUUUAGUCUUUAGUUCAGUUUUCACAGCACUUGACACCUUGCCAGAACUACUUGUGCUUGAACGUUGUGAAGAGGAAUGACGUCCUAUGUUAAAUAUUUACAAAUGUAAUAUCAAUUCUCUGAAAUACACACUAGAUUCCGAAUGCUUGAAACCCAACGAUUUUUUUUUACAUGAUCCCACUUUGCCGGGACACGAUGAAAACGGAUGUACAUGUAGUAUUGAAAUACGUUUAAAGGUAUAGGCAGGCCUCGAAAUAAGUGCCGGUCACCGGUCACUGACCGAUAAAAUUUCACAGUUUGUUCGGCAAAUACCGUCCCUGGCGGACAUGCGUGACCGGUAAAUUUUUUAAUAAAAAAGUACGUUCAAAAAUGGAGCAGAUUUUUUAUUUCUAAUUUUCCAAAGAAGUGUAUGUCCGUCUACGGUGCAGGCUAAUAAGGGCGGCGAAGUGACACAUUUUGUCAUACAGAUAUACGAUAUACCGCAAGCAUUGUGCCUAAGGGCGUUUUCCAGAAAUACGCGUUUUUCACACGUGCGACGGAAAAGUUUAAAUCGUUUAAAUUUUAUAUAAGUGCAAAUAACCUUGACAAAUACACAUUAAAUCAUACACAAAACUGAAUGCUGUCGUUUUAUAAAUUUAGUUAUUUCAUGAGUAGGAUGUAAAGCAAUUUCAACUUUUACGUGCGUGUACGCACGUAUGAAAAACACGUAACUGGAAUGCAGCCUAAAGCAUGCUCGCAACUCAAACUACAGUUGUCAUUUGCGACUUAAUAUAUUAAUUUGAUAGUAAACAAUGUUAAUGUUAAUAGUAAUGAUUACUACUACCUCUACAGCUUUGAUAAUCGCCUUGAUAACGAUAUUACUUUGUAUACAAAUACAAUUAAAAUACACAAUUGGUUCUAAAGUUACGAAUCACGCGAAAGAUGAGGGGAGAAAAGAAGCUAAGGAGUGACAAUGACCGGCAUAAAUUCCGCUGUGACGGGUAAAUUUAGUGACCACCGGUCAUAAUGACCGGUAUAACAUCCAGAUUUAUUUCGAGGCCUGGGUAUAGGUGAAAAGUAAAACAGUUUACAUUUGUUUACAAUUAUAUAGCAGUGUGAAUAAUGUAACUCUGCUGAACCCUGGCUUAUUUCAGUACAUCAAAUCAUCACGCCUUCCAGCCCAUCUAACAAAGCGCGGUCAUGUAGUCCCUUAGCAACUAAAACUGAGUAUGACUUCAGCUAUUUCUUAGGGUCUUGUAUAUUGAGAAUAGUCAGAACGUACAACAGAAAAGUCAAGUGAUGUACAAAGAACUGAGCUUUUUUCUAAAAUGUUGUUAGUUCUUUUCCUCCACACCAUGAAAAACCCAGAUUCGCU